AUGGCCCUCCGUGACUGCAGCAAAGAGAUGAUUGCCCGACUGAAAGUCACAGGACUCGCGGACAUGCCAGAGCCUUUCUGGAACGAAGUGCGUAAGCUCCUUUUCUCCGAUUGUGAGACGAAACAGGUGAUGAAAAUCUUGGGUGACAUUUGGUGCCCUCAAUGGACUGGCCCCAUCACAACGCCUGUAGCCAUUCAGAAGCAGCAGGUGAAGCAGAUGCGUCUUGAUCUGUGUCUCCCGCCAAAUCCGGCAUUUGUGCAUUGUGACUCUCAUGGCCUGAAGGGGCUCUUGAGCUUCAUCGUUCACAGGUUGCAUGCUUCCAAGCGAAGACGGGAGCCAGAGAUCGAGGCCUUGUUUGCCAAGUACCGCGGCUAUUGGCCACCAGCAGAGGAGGGUGAGGAAGAGACCGUUGAGACCGAUGAUUCCCAACCCCCGGCCGAGGAGCCUGAAUCCCCAGAGAGCUCUGAGAGUGACGAGGUUGUCUUUGACAGACUUGAGUUGGCCAAAGCCUUGGGUGUUCCCCAAGAGCAUGUUGAACGGUUGACCCCCAAGAAAAUGAAGAGCGACCCCGAGUCAUCACCUCCCUCGCCUUUGCCUCCUGUGAUUCAGACCUUGGAAGCUGAGCCGCCUAGCAUGCCAUCCAGUUCCGUGAGCAUUCCCGACCGAGCUGACUGGCGUGCAAAGCGCAUGGCCGAACUCAGGCGGAUGAUUACAGAUCGCCAAGCCUGUUCGAAUGGAACCACUUCUGUGAGCAAGGGUGCGUUGGCACGAUCGGUCGACGUCAAUGUGGUUGACACAGUGCCCAUGGAACUUUCUCCCUUGGCUGCUGCUGCUUCUGCUGACGCUGCUGCCCGGGAAGAGCCCAGCCCCCCCACAUCCCAGAUAGCUGUGAAGGAGCAACUGUUCCCCAAGCAGGAAGAGGCGAUGGAGAUCGCACAGGGCAAACCCUUCCCCGAGGUGACUCCCAAACCCAAUGAGGGUGAGAAGGAACAGGAAUUGGGUGAGGAAGCAAAGGCUACAGGAAAGGUUUCGCAGGUUGGGUCGGUGCAGGAUCAGGAAGGUGGCUACUCAGAUGUGUUGGAUCAACCGGAGGCUGAAGUUACGCGGCUGCAGCAGCAAGCAAGGAAGAGGGAUCUUGAUGACAAGGCUCGAGAGGCGAAAGGGAAAGGAAAAGGGAAAGCCAAAGGCCGGGGGUACAAGCCAACAACGGAAACCAUGGGUCGGGUUUGGGAGGCUUUGCGCAGAAAGUACAUGACCGACAUGGUUCCCCAAUUGCGUGCACCUUCCAAGUUUCAGGUUCCUUUCUGGCGAUUUGCUUUGAACAAGUGGGGUUCCGAAAAGGUGCAGUUGGAUCAGCUCGAUUCGGAUGGCUUAGCCGAUGCUGCACAUUGCGCAGGGGAAGCCUUCCUGUGGGUACUUCAAAGUGAUGCCGCCUGGGGACCUCAGGAAGGGGCUUGGUUGUCCUUGGGGGUGGUGGUCAACCCCCUGGCGGGAGGCAGGGGCGAAUGUGAACCCCGUGCUGAAGAAAAUGCAUUUUGCCACCAGACUUCAGCGCCACCGCCACCCUCACGAGCGGAGCCUGCGCCAGCUUUGCCGCCUGAUUCUUCUGGUCCUGGUGCUGACAGCUCGGUGCCAGCUUCGGGGGCCAGUCAGGAGAGUUCUUUCAUGGAGACCCAGGUGGAUGAAACCCCACUUCCCAAGAAACCUUCCUUCAUCGAUUUGGAGGAUGACGAUGAGAAAUUCUCUGAGGUGCCACAGGAUGCCCAGACUCCAUUUACUUAUCAGGCACGUACCCCGUACUAUUCCCCGCCGAAGGAUGAUGAUCAUGAUGACUCUCCCAUGGAGGAUACAUCCUCGAAGGAGGCCGAGGUUGAAGCCAGGGCCGACCCCUCCAAGGAGGAUGCCGUAGCCAAAACUCUAGAGUUUCCAAAUGAAGAGCCGCAUGAACCCGUCACCCAGGAGGAUGCCGUAGCCAAAGCUUUAGAGGUUGAAGGUGAAAAGCCACAUGAACCCGUCACCCAGAGAGCCGACAGGUUGGUUGCCCCAUACGUGAUCGCCAAACCCACCAAAAGGCCUGGGGUAGAAUUGAGCCAGGGUGCGAUCUACAAACGGAUGAACCGAAUUUUCACACCGAGAUCUGAUGGGACAUAUUUGGUGGAUGAAGAGUUUGUUCGCAAGUGGAAAAAUUUAGACACCCGUGACGAGCUCAACAUCUUAUUUGAGAAGUGCGACUACCAACCCGAACAAUUUAUUCGGCGAUGUCGCCGUAUCACGCAGGAGAUUGACGAAUCGUGCUUGGAUGUGGAACACCAGUUCCUGACUGUAGGGGAUAUGGAGGAGAAAGGGUACUCGCAGUCGAAAAUCGAUGGCAUCAAGGAGUUCUGCAAGCAAGAUGCUUCGCUGACCAGGAAGUCAAAGUACGGUGGCGGUGACAUGUAUUGGGUCGAAGUUGCCAUCAAAGGCAAUGAGAGGCAUAUCCGCCGCAAUCUCCUCGAGAAGGAGCUGCAGUGGGACGAGAAGGCGAAGGACAAGGAUGACCUUAGGACACUGGGCACAUCGUUGGCCAAUCCCACUGAGGCUUUGCGUGAUUUGGAUGAUUCGGCCGCUCAUGGGGCCGUUCCCAUGACCCCGGUUGCUGCUGUGAACACGGACAUCGUGAAGGCUUUGAGGCAAACAGGCUUUCCCGAUGUUGAAUCCAAAGCUACCCCGUCAUCUUUGGCAACAAAGGUCAUUGCCACCAUUCAAAAGAGGUUGAACAAAUUGGAGGAAAUGGCAGGGAAGAUCACAGAUGUUGCAGCACCUAGUCGAACGGACCUCAUGAAUAAGGUGCUGGAAAAGAUCGUCAACAUCAAGAAUCUCUUGAGCAGCCAGCUGGACACCCUGAACGAUCUCUACAGUAGGGGGAUUGAAAAUGAGAUGAAGGAGACCAUGCUCAGCGCCAGGAAGUCGAUCAUCUCUGAUUUUGAACGACUUCGCCAGAAGCGCCUCGCUGAUGAAGCUCGAAAUUCUGGUGUCGAACCUGACAAUGCUGAAAAUGGUCCGAUGAUGGAACACUGGGCAGAAGAAAUGGGCCUGGGUGCCACGGCCACUUCCAUUGCCCGAUCAGUUCAGGCUCGUCGAGAAGAGGUUCAUGGAAGUGCAGCCUCGAAAACGGAUGAUCGGGUCAAGUGGAACGCAACACGGAAUAUCACUCGCAUGCUGAACCGGGCCGGUAUGGCCAUAGAAGUACCAAGGGAAAUUUUGAAAUAUGAAAUUCAAGAUGGAUCUGUUAUUGAGCUCCCUGUUGUCAAGCCUGGUUCUUGGUUGCAAUUGAUUUUGAAAAAGUAUCCAGAGCUGCUCUUUCCUCAAAACAACAUGGAAGAGGAGCUGCAAGUGUUCUGGAACCAUUACAGGUUCAUCCAACCCAACCACGAAAUUUUCAAAUCACCACCGGAGCAGUUGAAACGAACAUUGCCGAUUUUAGUUCAUGGCGACGAAGGUCGGUAUUUGAAAAAAGGGAACUACCUCAUUGCGACCAUAGAGAUGAUGUUGGGGUCUACACCUACAAAGCUAAAAGAGUGCUGUUGUGAGGCCGACCCAGUGCUGGAGCGAUAUCCUGAGGUGCACAAUGAUGAAGGCAAUAUCUUCUCUAGAAGGGAAUGCGAAGUAGCAUCCAAACAGCUGGUAAACCUGAGUGGAAACUGCUUCUUGUCCAAAUACUUGCUGUUUGGCAUGGCUUCUCAACAAUACAAAGCUCAUCCUGACUUGGUCCACCAAGCCAUGGGUAUGGUGUCGGAGGAUUUGGCUUCGUUGCAUUCCCAAGGGUUUCGUCUGGGCGUUGGCCGCGACCUGGUGGGCUCAACUCUGGUGUCCCUUGCAUUGCUGGGGUAUUAUGAUUUUGACGAGGAUGAUACCCAGAAUUUGCCUGACAGACUUGACCGCUGUUCCGACUGUAUGCUGCUGACAUCCUUUUUGCUGUUUCUCGUCAAUGUAGCUAUCAAGAACGGCUCGGUGAAGGAGGGUCACCUUGUUUUUUUCAAGAUCAUCAAGGAGACGCUGCAAUCUGUGGAAGUGUUCUUCAGCAUACUGUACUCACAUGGUUUGUGGUUGUCUCGGAAGUGCGGGCAAAGAGUGCUCCACCACUUGAUGGUCAUGCUGAAAGGUUACAAACGACUAGCCCAUGAAUCUGCAAAGUUGGGCCUGGAUGAAAACAUUGUGGAAAAAGAAACGGAAGCAUUCUGGGAUUUGAACAUGGCCACUUCACCACGAUUUGAAGUCUCGCUCCAGCCGCGUUUGAAGAAAUUGAGCCAAUGUUGGAAGCUGGGGGGCGGAGAGGGUGAUGCGUGGACCAAGGGUUGA